UAACACAACACCGCCCUUUUGCACUUCAAUCUGCACCAGGAACCAUACAUAUAUCAUACAGUUACUCUACCUCUCACCUUCAUUCUCCAUCAUGUCUGCACAACCAGAACCAGUUAUGCCUUCAGAACCAGAACCUGAAGCGGAAUCUCAAGUUUUGACAACAACUCCCUCCCAUUCCUCAUCAGAUCACGUUAAUGGCAACAACGUUGUGAAGGACGUGGUCUUAUGGAGAAGAAAGAAACUGAAUGCAACCCUUCUCAUAUUGGCAACCGCAACAUGGGUCUCUAUGCAACUAUAUCAAUUUAAAUUCAUCACUCUCAUAUCGUGGCUUGCCAUAUUCCUUCUUGCUUGCAUAUUCCUCUAUGCCAAUCUCACUAAACUUUUCGGCAAGGAACCACCACGCUUGACGAGGUUUGAACUGACAGAAGAAACGGCUAUGGGAAUGGCCCACACUAUUCGAGUUUGGAUUGAAGAAGCAAUAAGGUUGUUGUUCUGGGUGGGGGCUGAGAAAGAGUGGCAUGUCUUUGUGGGAGUCGAGGUUGGACUGUUGUUGCUCUCUUAUGUUGGAACCUUCAUGGACCUCCUAACUUUCCUUUAUAUAGGUACAAUAGUGAGCAUGACAGUUCCAGUAGCAUAUGUGAAGUACGAGGAUAAAGUCCAGAGAUUAGUGAAUUGGUUGAGAGAGAGAUGCAACAAGUCUUAUCAAGUUAUCGAUGAGAAGGCUAUUCAGAAGAUCAAAACCAAAGUAAUGAACGGCAAGGAUAAUAAGGAGAAGAAAACACAGUAAUUUCCCUUGUAGUAGAUGCACUGUUAUGUAAUACGAUUCGAGAUAUGUAUAAGAUUAUUACUUCUUGGUAAUAAAUAUAGUCUAAAUAUAUUUCACUUCAA